GCGCUCUGUCUCAGCGAGAGAGGCGGCGAGAGGAGAGUAGGGGAGGGAAAGAAGGGAAGAGCCGGAGAAAAGUGUACGGGGCAUGAAAAAGAGGAUACCAGCAGCGUUCUCGUCCUGGGAGCUCGGCAAUGACAGGUUUAUUGAAAAGGGCACUUUGAGAUAUGAUGAGGUUUAUUUCUGGUUGGCAAUAGUACUAUGAUUUGGUAUGUGGCCACUUUGAUAGCAAGUGUAUUCAGCACCCGAGGAACGGCAGCUCAAGGUGCCCACGGUGUGCAGGCGCAGCCCCAGUUUGUGACGUCGCGCGCCGGAGACAACGUGGUCCUGGGCUGUGAUGUGGCCCAGCCUCUGAACGGACAGCCCUACGUGGUGGAGUGGUUCCGUUUCGGAGUGCCCAUCCCCUUCUUCAUCAGCUUCCGCUUCUACCCUCCUCAUGUCGACCCAGAAUACGCAGGCAGGGCCACCCUGCAGGGGAAGUCGUCGCUGCGUGUGGCGGCGGUGCGCUCUGAGGACCAGGGCUGGUACGAGUGCCGUGUCCUGAUGCUGGAGCAGCAGUACGACACCUUCCACAACGGCAGCUGGGUGCAUCUCACUGUCACCGCCCCGCCCCAGUUCACAGACACGCCCCCCCAGUACGUGGAGGCCAGGGAGGGGGGCAGCGCGUCCCUCAGCUGCUCCGCCUUCGGGAACCCCAAACCCUCCGUCACCUGGUUGCGGGACGGGCAGGAGCUGCAGGACAGCAGGAAGUACAAGGUGUCUGAGGGCAGUGUGACGGUGCUGUCCAUAACCCGCCUGGACCGCGGGGCAUACACCUGCCGAGCCUUCAGCGCCCAGGGAGAAGCUGUCCACACCACACGCCUGCUCGUCCAAGGGCCCCCCUUCAUAGUGUCCCCUCCUGAGAACAUCACAGUGAACAUCUCCCAGGACGCCUUCUUCACCUGCCAGGCGGAGGCCUACCCCGGGAACCUCACCUACACUUGGCUCUGGGAGGAGGACAACGUCUUCUUCAAAAAUGACCUGAAGCGUAGAGUCAGUAUUCUGAUCGACGGCUCCCUCAUCAUCUCCCAUGUGAAGCCGGAGGAUGCUGGGAAGUACACCUGUAGCCCUAGCAACAGCCUGGGCCAGCCCCCAUCUGCCUACGCCUACCUGGACGUGCAAUACCCAGCCCGGGUGGUCAACAUGCCUCCUGUCAUCUACGUGGCCAUCGGGCUCCCAGGGCUCAUCCGCUGCCCGGUGGCCGCCAGCCCCCCGGUGACACUGGUCCAGUGGAAGAAGGAUGGUCUUCCUCUGAGGAUAGAGAAGUAUCCGGGCUGGAGCCAGAUGGAGGAUGGGAGCAUCCAUGUGGCGGAGGUGACAGAAGACUCUCUGGGCACCUACACCUGCAGGCCUUACAACGCCCUGGGCUCCAUGGGGCCCUCUCACCCUGCUCCCCUGGUGCUAAAGGAUCCUCCCAAGUUUUCGGUUGUUCCUGGAGGGGAGUACCGGCAGGAGGCUGGGAGAGAGCUGAUCAUCCCCUGUGAGGCGGAGGGAGACCCUUUCCCCAACAUCACCUGGAGGAAGGUGGGGAAGCCGGGCAGGACUAAGCACAGCGUCCUGGCACGGGGCAGCUUACACCUCCAGUCUCUGGGGAAGGACGACCAGGGGGAGUGGGAGUGUGUCGCCACCAACGACGCCACAAGCAUCACUGCCAGCACACACCUGCUCGUCACUGGCACAAGCCCCCACGCCCCAACCAGAGUCCAGGCCUCCGUCUCCUCCACCUGGGCCAACGUCUCCUGGAGGCGGGCUAACGACGGAGGCUUCCAGCAGACGUUCUCAGUCUGGGUGAAGAGGGAGCUGCUGGGGCCCCAUGACUGGCUGUCUCUGCCCGUGCCUGGGGGGCAGAGCUGGCUGCUGGUGGCCGGCCUGGAACCCCAGACGGCUUACCAGUUCAGCGUCCUGGCUCAGAACAAGCUGGGGACUGGCCCCUUCAGUCAGGUCAUCACUGUGAACACACUAGUAUUUCCCGUCAGUCCUCCUGAACCCCUGGUGCUGCUCACCCCACCACGUUGCCUCACAGCUAACCGGACCCAGCAGGGGGUCCUGCUGUCCUGGAUCCCUCCAGCCAAUCACACAGCGCCUAUCCAGCAUUACAUCAUGGAAUUCCGUCUUGGGGAGAGGUGGGACCUUCUGGACGACAGCAUCCCUGCCGGCGACACCGAGCUCCUGGCCAGAGACCUCAUCCAGGAGGCGUGGUAUGAGUUCCGGGUCCUGGCGGUGAUGGAGGACUUGGUCAGCGAGCCCAGCAACAUCGUAGGAGUGUCCAGCACAGACUUCUUCCCCCCCCCAGACCUAGGGGAGGAGGGGGGGCUGGCAAGGCCUGUGGUGGCAGGCAUCGUGGCAACCAUCUGUUUCCUGGCGGCGGCCGUCCUCUUCAGCACCCUGGCAGCCUGCUUCGUCAACAAGCAGCGCCGACGCAAGCUCAGGAGGAGGAGAGACCCUCCUCUCUCCAUAACCCACUGCAGGAAAAGCUUGGAGACUCCGGUGUCCUCUGGGAAGGACAGUCCAGAGAGCAUGCGUUCGGUGGGACCGCCGUCUGAAUCGUCAGAGGAUGGACACGGCCUUCACGUUAAGCACAUGCCCUCCAGCCCUGGGAGGAAGGAGGAGCUGUCUCUGUACAAGAAGACCAAAAGAGCAAUAAUCAGCAAGAGGUACAGCGUGUCCAAGCAGGAGGCGGAGCCCACCACGCCCAUCGAACUGAUCAGCCGAGGGCCGGAUGGACGCUUUGUCAUGGACCCCUCCGACGUGGAGAUGUCCGUCAAGCCUCGACGCAUCGAGGGCUUCCCAUUCGUGGAAGAGUCCGACCUGUAUCCGGAGUUCCGCCAGUCGGACGAAGAGAACGACGACCCUGGGCCCAUGCCUCCCGUCAUGGCCACGCUCCGGCCUCACCAGCUCUCCCCCAUGUCCUCCAGCCAGGACUCCUACAUGCAGCCUCCAGCCUACAGCCCUCGCUUCCAGAGGCCCAUGGAAGGUAUGACCAUCAUGGAGAGCAGCCGUCUGCAAGCCACGGGCCAGAUCCGAGGCUCACUCCACCACAGGGUGUUCCCCCCCAGCCACUUCUACAGCUACCUGGGCAGUCCUGGGGAACACGACCCCCCCCCUCCCUUCUACAUGCCCGACACCAGCCCUCUGAGCUCCGUCAUGUCCUCCCCUCCAUAUCUCCCAGAAGGACCUUUUGGUCACCCAGUCAUUCCUGAAGAAAUGGGGGAGGGAGACGUCCACCAUUACGCCGUUUCCAGCUUCCCCCUGACGCUCACCUCAUCCUCCCGCUCCCCAGACAUCUGGCAAAGACCGGAUUUCACCUUCGCCAGUCUUGAGCCUCACUUCAUCUUCCCUCCUCACCACUCUCUGCAUCUCCAUCGGGAGCCUAUGUUUCCCCCCCCUCCUCACGUCCUUCCCCUCGGGGCUCUCCAGCCCUCGUCCCUGCAGAUGCCCUCCUAUCCUGGUGUCCUGUCGCUGGAGGCCCCAAAGAGCCGGCCAGGCAAGUCUCCCAGCAAGGCCAAGUGGCCUCCAGCCAAGCAUGUAGCUAUGCAAGAGGCCCCGGGUCUGGGCCAGCUGAGACACACCAGCAAUGGGAUGGGUGUGCCUGUCUUGCCUUACCCCGCCCCCAUGGCCCACGUGGUUCCCAGCACGUUCAGCAGUUUGGACACGCGAUGGUUCGAGCCCCCUCGGUUCAGCCCCAGGCAGAUCCGCAGGAUGGAGUCCAGCAUGCAGCAGGUGGUGCUGCAGCCCUCGCGCCUCUCGCCCCUCACCCAGAGCCCCCUCAGCUCCCACAACGGCUCCCCGGAGAUCGUGGUGCGCCCCCGGCCCCGCCCCGGCCUCGUGCAGCCCUCCAUCCCUCCAGAAAUGUCAGAGAUCACCCUACUUCCCCCCGCGUCAGCCAGCUUCUCCCGACGGUCCUCCCCUUCCUCCUCUCCCGCCCAAAGUAGCAGGAGGGCCAGUCCCAGCUACCGCUCCCAAAUGGCCCUGGCCACAUCCGCCACCAGCUACCCCUCACAGUCCCCCUCACCCCCCGUGGAAAGCGGCAACGUUUUUGGACAAAUGCCGUCCCAGAGGAGGACUGAAGAGGAGGUCCUGCCGUCUGAGCCGUCUCCUCCACAGCUGUCGUCUUCAGGAAAACGUGGAGGUGAUCCGAGCAGGCCUGUGGGGCCUGAGAGGAUAGAGGCACUGAGAUACCAACGUCUUAAAAAAGUCAAGAAGAUGGUCGUCAACAACAACAACUCAAAGAGUAGAAAGAAAGCAGGUGACUCCUCCUCUCAGCCCCAGCCCCCCUGCUCCUCCCGGGUGCUGCAGCCUGAAGAAGCUCUCUACCUCCGCAAGAAGAAGAAGGCUCCUCUCAGACAGGACCCGUACGCCCGCUUCUCUGCCCUGCUGUACCGCCGUCCUCCCAGGGAGGACCAAAAGGCCAUUCUGGCCAGCAUGGACAGCAUGGACCCAGACCAUGCCACUCUCCUCUGAGUCCGCCAAGGUUAAACUACUUCCCCAAAACGUCACAUGCCAUUAAAACUCACUUCUGCCCCAGGGAAAAAAUGGUUUUCAGAACAAAAAAGACAAAAGGAAAAUAGAGUGUCUACCUGAGGUUUACAAAGUCUUGCUCCAGUGUAAAACAUACAAGAAAGCAUUGUAGUUUCUUUAUUUAGAAAGAAUGUUUUGGGGUCCAUGAACCUAGAGGUAUAGUCAGUCUCUGUUUACAGCAAGUCUCAUCUGCUUCCUCCUCCAGCCUCUCCCACGCCAGUCAAACAUCCCACCAACACGCCAGUCUAACAUCCCACUGACACGCCAGUCAAACAUC